AAUGCAAGUUUUUCAAAUCAAUCUACUACUUACCAAAAUGUGGAUAAUUACUAGAGUAUAGCAUCAAGACAAAUUUAUUAUUUUCAAAAAUUAACAGCUUUAAGUGCAACCAGAUAUUCUUUUAAUUGAUGAAAUUAAAAAUCAAUGCAGCAAAUCAAGUGACACAAGACGUUUAGUCAGUUUGUGACAGGAGCUCGAUAAAGUUUGAACGAAUCGCGAUGGCUGCACGUUUUAUUAGAAAAAUUGCCUCAACACCAAUCGGUGCUCGUAACUUUGCAUCUGGUGGCGUUAAAAAAGUUACCUUGAUUCCCGGAGACGGUAUCGGACCAGAAAUUUCAGCUGCCGUCCAGAAAAUCUUUGCUGCUGCCAAGGUUCCCAUUGAGUGGGAGAGUGUUGAUGUAACGCCAGUGAGAAAUCCCGACGGACGCUUUGGUAUUCCACAAUCUGCCAUCGAUUCAGUUAACCGUAACCAAAUUGGUUUGAAAGGGCCACUCAUGACACCAGUAGGAAAAGGUCAUCGUUCUCUAAAUUUGGCUUUGAGAAAAGAAUUCGAUUUGUAUGCCAACGUUCGGCCAUGUCGAAGUCUUGAAGGAUACAAAACGUUGUACGACGACGUUGAUGUGGUGACUAUUCGUGAAAACACGGAAGGUGAAUAUUCAGGUAUUGAGCAUGAGAUUGUCGAUGGUGUUGUGCAAAGCAUCAAGUUGAUCACAGAAGAAGCUUCAAUGAGGGUUGCAGAGUUUGCUUUUCAAUUUGCAAAAUCCAACGGCCGAAAGAAGGUCACUGCUGUCCACAAAGCAAAUAUCAUGCGCAUGUCGGACGGCCUCUUCUUAAGAUGCUGCCGUGAUACCGCCAAAAAACAUCCUGAAAUCAAAUUCGAAGAGAAAUAUUUGGACACCGUUUGUUUGAAUAUGGUACAAGAUCCCAGUCAAUAUGAUGUCUUGGUUAUGCCUAACUUGUAUGGUGAUAUUCUUUCGGAUAUGUGUGCUGGUCUCAUUGGUGGAUUGGGCCUUACACCUUCAGGAAAUAUUGGAAUCAAUGGUGCUCUUUUCGAAUCUGUGCAUGGAACAGCUCCCGAUAUCGCUGGCAAAGAUUUAGCCAAUCCAACUGCCCUUUUAUUGUCGGCCUGCAUGAUGUUGCGACACAUGGAGUUGAAUACGCACGCUGACAAGAUACAAGCUGCUUGUUUUGAAACAAUUAAAGAAGGUAAAUAUAUCACUGGUGAUCUUGGUGGCAAAGGAAAAUGUUCCGAAUUUACAAAUGCCAUUUGUGAAAAAAUUGCUUAAAAUACAUAAUACAUAAAUUAUUUAGAAAAAAUAACAAUAUUUAAACAAAAAAUAAUAUUUAUUAAACAAACACCUAGAAAAGAUUGCUCCCAAGUAUUCUGCGGUAUUGUUUUUUUUUGUUGAUAUGAAAUGUUUUCUUCCUCUCCUUUUUGUUAAAAAAUUACAUUAAGACGUUUGCUGAAACAUAAAUGAAGAUUCUCGUAAAAGAAGACAAUACUUAUAUAUUGAUUGAUUUCAGGAAAUAAACUUAUAAAAAAUCUUAUUGCAAAAAAUGUUUAUAAAAAAAAAAACAAAAUAUCAAAUGCAAAGCGUUUGUAAACAAUUAAAUUUUAUAUAGGGAAAUUAACUUAGCUUAAAUAAAAAAAUUAGUCAUGUUUCAGUAAACAGUUGAUAAGAUAAUGACUUAAAAAUACUAUUAUGCAAGUAUAAAAA